AUGUCUCUCUUCUCUGUAGAGGUGUGGAGGAGGUGCGUAGGAGGUGUGGAGGUGUGUCACGGAGUGCAUGUUUGUGCCGCAGGCUCGCAGUCUCCCUUUGUGGAGAGUCGGGACACGUCUCCUGUGGGGAACAUCGGUGCCGACGUCCAGCUGGACUGCAGCUUCCGUGUGUCCGGCACCGGGUCCAAGCCCGCCGGCUCCGUGUCCGUCACCUGGGAGAAGGCGGGGCUCAGCGGCGUGGUGUUCCGCUACCAGAACGGAGCGGCCCAGCUGCAGAAUCAGAACCCGCAGUUCCAUGACCGCGCCCAGAUUUUCCCAGGAGGCCUCGCUGCCGGCAACGCUUCGCUCCUGCUCUGGAGCGUGGGACCGCGGGACGCCGGAGAGUACCGCUGCAGCGUGAGCGCCCCCUCUGGCCAGGGCAGCACUAGCGUGCACCUCAGGGUGGCCGCGUAUUCCCCUCCGAGUUUCACCCUGAGCGGGAGGAACCUGACUGCGGAGGCGGAGAGGUGGUUCCCCGAGCCGAGCGUCGCCUGGACCGACCAGCAGGGCCACGCCCUGAACGCCAGCGAACUCCUCUCCAACAACUCCGCCGGAAUAUUCCGCGUGGUGACCACCCUGCUCGACCCGGCCCAGAGCGACGACACCUACACCUGCCUCAUCCGCAACCACCUGGUCACCUCUGUCUCCCUGGCAACUGUUACAGAGAGCGGUGUGACGAGCAGAACCCGCUUUACCUUCAACCCCGCCCCCACACUGAGACCCCUGCACCUGGCCUUCACCGCUCCUCUUCACCUGUGGACAUGCUACCUGCUCACCUGAACACGGGCUGACCUCUACCUGCUCACCUGAACACGGGCUGACCACUACCUGCUCACCUGAAUGCAGACUGACCACUACCUGCUCACCUGAACACAGACUGACCACUACCUGCUCACCUGAACACAGAAGGACCACUACCUGCUCAUCUGAACACAGACUGACCACUACCUGCUCACCUGAACACAGACUGACCACUACCUGCUCACCUGAACACAGACUGACCACUACCUGCUCACCUGAAUGCAGACUGACCACUACCUGCUCACCUGAACACAGACUGACCACUACCUGCUCACCUGAAUGCAGACUGACCACUACCUGCUCACCUGAACACAGACUGACCACUACCUGCUCACCUGAACACAGACUGACCUCUACCUGCUCACCUGAGCACAGACUGACCUCUACCUGCUCACCUGAACACAGACUGACCACUACCUGCUCACCUGAACACAGAAUGACCACUACCUGCUCAUCUGAACACAGACUGACCACUACCUGCUCACCUGAACACAGAAUGACCACUACCUGCUCACCUGAACACAGACUGAUCACUGCCCUCUCACCUGAACACAGACUGACCACUACCUGCUCACCUGAACACAGACUGAUCACUGCCCUCUCACCUGAACACAGACUGACCACUACCUGCUCACCUGAACACAGAAUGACCACUACCCGCUCACCUGAACACAGACUGACCACUACCUGCUCACCUGAACACAGACUGAUCACUGCCCUCUCACCUGAACACAGACUGACCACUACCUGCUCACCUGAACACAGACUGAUCACUGCCCUCUCACCUGAACACAGACUGACCACUACCUGCUCACCUGAACACAGACUGACCACUACCUGCUCACCUGAACACAGAAUGACCACUACCUGCUCACCUGAACACAGACUGAUUAUUAGCAUUUCAGAUACAGUUCCCAUCAACAGUAUGGGAAUGGUAAAGUUAAAUUAGUUAUUUUUGCUGUAUAGUUAGGACAUUUGAGAUGAAAACAUGAUUGGGAGACAGAAGUACAGAAAAUUAUCUUUUGUUUCAUGCAGUUACAUGCGUAUGUUUCAUAAUUUUACAGAAACAGCUGUUUUGUGUGUUGAGUGCACAGGCUUUUUAGAAUAGACUGAACUGAGAAGUACCUGCUCUGCGAAACACAGCUUAACACUGGCUGAACACUGACGGCCCCCCUGAAGACUAAACACAACAAAAUUAGAGAAUUAGACAAUUAGACUAGGAAUGUACAUUUUUACAUUCUUUUCAUAUUAAAAAGUUUCACAUUUUAUUUUUUAUUUAGGCUGGAAUGUUUAAAAGCAAAGAUAAUCUCUGAAUUUCUGUUCUGUAACAUUAGUUUAUCCCAGUUAACAGCAAUGGCCUGUUUUUAUGUCCAAUUUACCUAUAAUAAACCUUUACUGCAUCCCGCUGAGGUCAGUCA